GCAAGCCCCAGCAUAACUGCAGGGGCGCCCGGAACACGCCGUCUGGUAAGAACUAAAACUACGUUUCCCAGCAUCCCGCGCGCUGCCGACCCACUUCCGGAGCCCUAAACGAAAUGGCGGCGUCCGAGGAGCACGAUUCUCCGACUGAAGCGCCCCAGCCGCAGGUGGAGGAGGAGGAAACGAAAACUUUUAAAGACCUGGGUGUGACGGAUGUGUUGUGUGAAGCCUGUGACCAGUUGGGAUGGACGAAACCCACCAAGAUCCAGAUUGAAGCUAUUCCUUUGGCUUUACAAGGUCGUGAUAUCAUUGGGCUGGCAGAAACAGGCUCUGGAAAAACGGGGGCUUUUGCUUUGCCAAUUCUGAAUGCCUUGCUAGAGACGCCCCAGCGUUUGUUUGCACUGGUUCUCACUCCCACCCGGGAGCUGGCCUUUCAGAUCUCAGAGCAAUUUGAAGCCCUGGGGUCCUCUAUUGGAGUACAGAGUGCUGUGAUUGUAGGUGGAAUUGAUUCAAUGUCCCAAUCUCUGGCCUUGGCAAAAAAACCACAUAUAGUGAUAGCAACUCCUGGUCGCCUGAUUGACCAUUUGGAAAAUACAAAAGGUUUCAACUUAAGAGCUCUCAAAUACUUGGUCAUGGAUGAAGCAGACCGAAUAUUGAAUAUGGAUUUUGAGACAGAGGUUGAUAAGAUCCUUAAAGUGAUUCCCCGAGAUCGGAAAACAUUUCUCUUCUCUGCUACCAUGACCAAGAAGGUGCAAAAACUUCAGCGAGCAGCUCUGAAGAAUCCUGUGAAAUGUGCGGUUUCCUCUAAAUACCAGACAGUUGAAAAAUUACAGCAGUAUUAUCUUUUUAUUCCCUCUAAAUUCAAGGAUACCUACCUGGUUUAUAUUCUAAAUGAACUGGCUGGAAACUCCUUUAUGGUAUUCUGCAGCACCUGUAACAAUACUCAGAGAACAGCUUUGCUACUCCGAAAUCUUGGAUUCACUGCCAUCCCUCUCCAUGGACAGAUGAGCCAGACCAAGCGCCUAGGAUCCCUUAACAAAUUCAAGGCAAAAGCUCGUUCCAUUCUUCUAGCAACUGAUGUUGCAAGCCGAGGUUUAGAUAUUCCUCAUGUGGAUGUGGUAGUCAACUUUGACAUUCCCACCCAUUCCAAGGAUUACAUCCAUCGAGUGGGUAGAACAGCACGAGCUGGGCGCUCUGGAAAGUCUAUUACCUUUGUCACUCAGUAUGAUGUAGAACUCUUUCAGCGCAUAGAACACUUAAUUGGGAAGAAACUGCCUGUCUUUCCAACACAGGAUGAGGAGGUUAUGAUGCUGACAGAACGUGUGGCUGAAGCUCAAAGAUUUGCCCGAAUGGAGCUGAGGGAGCAUGGAGAAAAGAAGAAACGCUCACGGGAGGAUGCUGGGGACAAUGAUGACACGGAAGGUGCUAUUGGUGUUAGGAACAAAGUGGCAGGAGGAAAAAUGAAAAAACGGAAAGGCCGUUAGUCACUUUGAUAAAGACUUGAGUUUUACUUUGUAUCUGUAGAAGAGAAUUGCAGAAAAAGAAUGAAACUUCUCCAACAGAGUUCCUUAGCCCGAAAUCUGUCAGAAUUGUGCCCGGAGUCCACUCGGCUAAUUCAGUACCCUUUCCCCUUUCUGUCUGUUGGAGUAUCAUUACUGCAGAAUAUUUUUUACAGUGGCUGAUGUCCAGACUCUUCCUGUUCUUCAACUUUGGUUCCUUGCUUGUGACAUGAGUGGGAUGUGCUCUUCAGUCACUUCACACGUUUUGCCAUUUUCGACUGCAAGCCAAGGACUAGGUUGAUGAAGCAAAUGACCUGUGAUUGUUAAGGAAAGAAGCUUCUACAUCUGUAAGCUUGGAUAUGUCAUGGGUACAUCUAUAAAAUGGUGAUAUUUAAGCCAUCUCAGCUUGUGCUUUAUUAGAGGUAAUGUGAAGUAAUAAAUUUUUAAAAUUUCAA